UCCUGAAACGAGCACCAGCGAGCUCAGUACAAUCCUUCACGAACAUCAUUCCUGUUGCUAUACAACUGAUUUAUUCUUGAUGCCACGGUCAACCGGUCAAAUCCACAGCAGACUGCGCCUUUUCCGUCCGCUGUCCACAUCUGAAUCAGGAUACAUCCAACUUGUCGGGUUUGGAACAGUUUUUUUCCUCUUGGUCGGUUUUCUGUGUCUUUUCUGCCACUUAACCUAGAUUUAACAAUUUUCGACUCGGUGUUUAACAUGUAUUUUACAGUAUCUCAAAACACGCGCUAAACAGUGUCAUUCUCACGAGGCUAAAAGCUUGAGUGCGUCCAUCCAAGGGCUUUGUAAGGUGGCGGUCUGUAAUAUGCGUUAUCAAGGUGAUGUUGUGCAGUAGCUUAAGAAACUAACACAUAGGUGGAUGCACACCUCCUGGAGCUACUCACAUCUCCGACAGGUGUGCGGCCGUGCGCACAGCGGAUCUGGCUGCGGCGCCAAGUGCGUAUAUUUUCCGUGCAGACAGGCGUCCUGGAUGCGUGUCCAACUAUUUGGACAGAACGCCGAGUGCGUCUAACAUGUGGACCUGGGACGCAUGCAACACAGAGCCCUAAACAUGAGGAGGAGCCGACACCGCGCAAAUAUGGGACUUCUCCUGCUUUUCAGAUGGCUCCUGGUCACACUGCUGGUGCCCGCCUUGCUGCUUGCUGCUCCAAGCGGCAUCCGUGAGCGUCCCUGCCCCCAGAGCUGUAGAUGUGAUGGGAAAAUAAUAUACUGCGAAUCCAAUGCCUUCCGUGACGUGCCGAACAAUGUGUCUGUAGGCACGCAGGGCCUCUCCCUGCGUUACAACAGCCUGGCGAACCUCAGAGCACACCAGUUUGCAGGCCUGAGUCAACUGGUUUGGCUCUACCUCGACCACAAUUACAUCAAUGCUGUGGAUGGCCAGGCUUUCCAUGGGAUACGGAGGCUCAAAGAACUGAUCCUCAGCUCGAAUAAGAUCACACAGCUAAAAAACAACACUUUUCACGACGUUCCGAAUUUACGUAAUCUUGACCUUUCCUACAAUAAACUGCAGAUUCUCCAGCCUAAUCAGUUUGUGGGUCUACGGAAACUGCUCAGUUUACACUUGAGGUCAAACUCAUUAAAAACUGUCCCGAUGCGAGUUUUCCUUGACUGUCGCAACUUGGAGUUUCUCGACAUUGGCUACAACAGGCUACGGAGCCUCACGCGUAAUGCCUUUGCAGGACUCCUCAAGCUCAUUGAGCUUCAUCUGGAACACAAUCAGUUCUCAAAGAUAAACUUUGGUCAUUUCCCCCGCCUGACUAACCUGAGGGCGCUCUAUUUGCAAUGGAACCGUAUCAAACUGCUAACCCAGGGCCUGCCGUGGAUGUGGACCUCCUUGCAAAAGCUGGACCUCUCAGGAAAUGAGCUGCAAUUGUUGGACCCGAGUACAUUUCAAUGCCUCCCUAAUCUGCAGACUCUUAACCUGGACUCCAACAAACUCAGCAAUGUGUCUCAGCAGACAGUGGAGGCUUGGAUCUCCCUCACCACCAUCAGUCUGGCUGGUAAUCUGUGGUACUGUAACCCCAAUUUAUGUCCCCUGGUGGCCUGGCUCAAGGCCUUUAAGGGUAACAAGGAGUCCACUAUGAUUUGUGCUGGCCCUAAGGAGGCACAGGGAGAGAAAGUGACAGACGUGGUGGAGACUUAUAACAUCUGUACAGCAACACCGACACCUAUCCCGUCAACAACAUCACCCGUCACUUCUGCAUUUCAGCCCGAGCGGCUGCCUGUUCCCACACAGUCUGUGGUGGAUAAGAAGCUGAUCUGGAACAGGACAGCCUCCCCUGCUCCUACCGAGGCCUCCCCCACAGUCCCUUUGGCAGACACUGAGUAUGUGUCCUUCCACAAGAUCAUAGCUGGUAGCGUGGCCCUCCUCUUAUCUGUGACUAUAAUUCUACUGGUUAUCUAUGUCUCAUGGAAGCACUAUCCCAGCAGCAUCAAACAGCUUCAGCAGCGCUCAGCAGUUAAAAAGCGCCAGAAAAAGGCACGGGAGACUGAGCGCUCCCUUAAUUCACCACUGCAAGAGUAUUAUGUGGACUACAAGCCUUCACACUCAGAGACUAUGGAUGUGCUGGUUAAUGGGACUGGACCUUACACAUACACCAUCUCAGGCUCCAGGGAAUGCGAGAUACCGCGGCAGCUGAGUGCUCUGACGUUGUACAGGUGUGAGCAGUCGGUUCUGGAUUACUGCCAUGCCCACCUGUCGCUACACCUCAACAUGGGCAUGGAGCCCCCAACUCGGGUGCUGGGAGGUCCGACGCCAGUCAAGUACCACCCGGGCCUAAUGGCUGCCCUCCCCUCCGAGGCUGUGCGGCCUUGCCCCCAGACCCACUCCCUCCACCAGUGAGCUGUGCACACUGUGAGGCUCUGUGUCCAAACUACUAUAUGUCUGCUGCACACAAUCAGAGGAGCACUCAGACGAAAUGCAAGGCUGUGUGUGAGGGAACUGGGACUGGUAAAGAAGCAAAGGAGACAAUUAAUCUACUGCAGAGCAUCCCGGGCCCAGGGUAAUGAAAAUGAAAAUAUUUCUCAGUGGAAAUAGAGGGGUGCAGCAGUAUUGAUUAGUGAGCUUCUGAUCUACCUGACCCUCAAUGUCCUCAAUUAGAAAAGGGGGCUGAACAGCAGCAUGACUUUCCACAUUCUGCUCUGCCUCUUGAGGAGUAUUAAGGAUAAUAAUUUAAUGAUUUGUUAAUCUUAUUAAACAUAUUUCCUUGACUUCUCCUUAUCUGGGCACCUCUCUGCUGCGUCAGUGAGUAAUCAAAUCCAAAAUGCUAUAAACAGAGCAGGGAAACAGCAUGAGAAGCAGUUGAGUAGCAGAAGAAAUGAAAGAUCAGCCAAGCUAAAAGGUUUUUCUGCUGCUUUGUCUGAUCACACUGUCAGUCAGAGGUCUCUCUCUAACUGAAGUCCCCGUAGAGUUUUUCAUCUUGAAAAAUGACCCACCCAAAUGAAAUUACCCAAGACAAGAGAAACAAGUCAGAAAAUAACGCACAGUAAUUGUCAUAUAAAAUGUACAGCCUACACAUCUUGCCGGCAGUAAGUAUAAUUUACAUGUUGACUUUUGAUUUCCUGAAAUGAUUUGUGAUGUUUAUCACAUAAUAAUUAAUUUAAUCAAGCUGAAAAAUAAAGAGAUGAAAAAUAAACAGCAAGUACAGAUCUUGGUCCACUGGGACGUUCAGAUAUUUACUUUUCAUUAUUAAUUUAAAUAACUCUUGUAGUUAAUGGGUUUAUGUUUUUUAAAUGUGUUCUUCAACCAAUUAUCUGAUUGUGCACUCAUAUAUCUACGUGUGUGCUUUUUACAAGAUGUUACAUUAUAAUAUAUGCUAAAUAAACUGUGGUAAAUGACCAGUAACAGCGUCAUUCAUCAAGAUCAGUGGUAUCAACCCAAAUAACUGCAGGAUUUAGACAGCUGCAUAG